AAUAAUUAAAACAGAAAUCGGGCGAAAAAAAAUUCAAUGUAUUUAAUUUUCACAAAAUGUCUCCCGUUUUUACUAAAAUAUUAAUAGAUUUUAUUAAUGAACACGAAAAUAUCGGUUAUGAUAUAUUAUCGGAGUUACAUAAAUUCGAUUUGUAUAUUAAGGGCUAUAAACAUCCCGCCUUUCCCUCGGAUGCCUUAAAUGAGGAGCCUAUAGAAUUGGAAUAUUAUAAAAAAUCACUUAAUAAUGAUAAAAUUAUAAUGGAUUAUGCCCGCUACUCUUGGAACUCUCAGGGAGAAAUGGUUUAUAGUUGUCAAAUUUGCGAGAAAAUGAAGGUAACCACAAACAAAGAUUUCACCGCCAUGGAUGACUUCUUAUCGCAUGUUGAGCAUAUGCAUGGACCGAGCAUUAAACAGGAACAGGAAGAACAAAGAAUGGAUAAGAAAACGGAAGAAUUGUGGGUGGGAGAAUUGGAGAGAAUGAAAAAGACUGCUUAUAAAAAACAUAGUGAAGAGUUUCUCAAGGAAAUCGAUGAGAUCCUAGGCGUAGAAGAUUUUGAUGCCAAUGGCAUUUUGAAUUCUUUAGAAUCCCACAAAACUUCCGAACAAGAUAAUAAUUCUGAAAUUUUAUCAGAUUCCAGCAAAGAAAAUGCCUUAUCACCCUCUACCUCAACAACCAGCUCAACCGCCAUCAGCUGCCCCACCCCAAAAAUCUAUAGUAAACCCUGCAAAUUGUCUCAACAGGAACGGCAAAACAAACGGAAAAAGAAACGUACUUCGGGUCAAUGUGACAUCUGCAAUCGUACCUUUAACGAUCUCUACAAUUUGCGUAUACACAAAAUGAUCCAUACGGGCGAAAAACCCUUCCAGUGUGAAGAGUGUGGUAAACGUUUUCGCCAGUACAAUAAGCUAAAAAUUCACUGUAUUACGCAUACCAAUGAGAAACCCUUUAAAUGUGAUAUCUGUGGUAAAGGUUUUCGUUUUCGCAAUUAUCUAUCCGUACACAAACGUCUACAUUCUGGGGAAAAUCCCUAUAAAUGUAAAUUUUGUGAAGAAUAUUUUCAUUCUCUACACUCAAGACGUUUGCAUACGAAACUUAUACACACAGAGGCGAAAACUUUUACCUGCUCGAUUUGUGGCAAAAUCUUAACGGCUCAAUGUUAUUUGACAGCUCAUAUGAAAAGGCAUACGAAUCAGCGAGACUUUAAAUGUGACAAUUGUGGUAUGUUUUUUAGUCAAUCACAACUUAAGGAUCAUCAAUUGGUGCAUACCAACCUAAAGCCGUUUGAGUGUAAUGUUUGUCAGGCCCGUUUCCAGCGUAAAUCGAAUUAUACACAACAUUUGAAAAUACAUACGGGCGAGAAGUCGUAUGUCUGCUCUAUAUGCAAUAAAUCUUUUGCCCAAAAUGCCGGGCUAUAUGGUCAUAUGAAAUCACAUGCUAAAUAAAAAGUCCUUUAAGAGAGUAUUUACUGAAAUUUUUAAGCUCUUUGCUGGAGAAAACCCAAACAAGUGCUUUUUGGGGGAAAAGUUGUCGGAUAUCACUGUUAAACAGUUAGAAGUGGCAACUCGCAGAAACUAUCGUUUAAAAUAAAGCAGUGAUGUCAACUAAACGUUUUGAAAACGUCAACUGCGAGUGCAAUCGGAGUAAUUCAUAAUGAAUUGAAGCGGAAGAAACUUGAGGAAAAUAAAAAUUAAUGAACAUAAAAUUAUAUGAUGGAAACAAUAUUGUUAAA